AUGAUGGUGAUGGUGGAGGUGUUAAUGGUAAAGAUGGUGAUGAAGCUAAUGAUGACAGUAGUGAAGAAGAUUAUGGGAGCGGUCUUAGGGAAUCCCAAGAGUGAUGAGAUGAAUGUGAAGGUGCUGGUCUUUGAACACUUUCUGCCAAUGCUGCAGAUCAUAGCAAAGAAUAAGGACCAGGGCACAUAUGAAGAUUAUGUAGAGGAAGGGAAUGGCACAGUCAUGAGUGCUGAAAUACGGCACAUCAUUAUCACUCUGGGUGAGAAGAUGACCAAGGAAGAAGGGGAAGUGUUGGUGGCAGGGCAUAAGGACAGCAACAGUUGUAUCAACUAUGAAGAGCUAGUCCGGAUGGUGCUGAAUGGCUGA